UUGUAUUUAUGGAGUUAAGGUCACUGAGGAGCCGGGUCAGGAUGGAGCGCUUUGACUGCCACCACUGCGAAGAGUCACUCUUCGGCAAGAAGUACAUCCUGAGGGAGGAGAGCCCCUACUGCGUGGGCUGCUUCGAGGCCCUGUACGCCAGCACCUGCGAGGAGUGCAGCAAGCCCAUCGGCUGCGACUGCAAGGACUUGUCCUACAAGGACCGGCACUGGCACGAGGCCUGCUUCCACUGCUCCCGCUGCGGGAGCUCGCUGGUGGACAAGCCCUUCGCCGCCAAGGAGGACCAGCUGCUCUGCACCGACUGCUACUCCCACGAGUACUCGUCCCGGUGCCAGGAGUGCAAGAAGACCAUCAUGCCAGGCACCCGCAAGAUGGAGUACAAGGGCAGCAGCUGGCACGAGACCUGCUUCACCUGCCACCGCUGUCAGCAGCCCAUCGGGACCAAGAGCUUCAUCCCCAAGGACGAGCAGAACUUCUGCGUGCCCUGCUACGAGAAGCAGCAUGCCCUGCACUGUGUUCAUUGCAAAAAGCCCAUCACCGCCGGAGGGGUCACCUACCGGGAGCAGCCCUGGCACAAGGAGUGCUUCGUGUGCACCGCCUGCAAGAAGCCGCUGUCCGGGCAGCGCUUCACGUCCCGGGACGAGUUUGCCUACUGCCUGGACUGCUUCUGCGACCUGUAUGCCAAGAAGUGUGCUGGCUGCACCAACCCCAUCAGCGGCCUCGGCGGCACCAAGUACAUCUCCUUCGAGGAGCGGCAGUGGCACAGCGACUGCUUCAACUGCAAGAAGUGCUCCCUGUCGCUGGUGGGCCGCGGCUUCCUCACCGAGCGGGACGACAUCCUGUGCCCCGACUGCGGGAAGGACAUCUGAGCGCGGCUCCGGCGCCCGCAGGCCCCCGUCCCCGCGGCCCCGUCCCCGUGGGGCAGCAGGGAGCGCCUCCUCGGGCCGCACCAGGCUUUCCUCUGCUUCUCAGCGAUAGUCACUAGUCACAUUGUGUAAACCCUCCCCCCUCCUACUAGCCCCAUCCUGGGAGGAGAAACCCUUAUGGAGACCUGAGAUGGGAAGAUGGUUGUCAGUUGUUAUAACCAAGCAAGGCAAAUCCAAGUGCAAACUUCCCGCUGAAUAUCUUUAUAAAUGUAUCUUCCUUUCACCGCAUAUUUAAUUUUAAGUGCAAUUAAGAUGUCAGGAACUUGGAAGUAAUGACAAGCUGGUCCCUACAGCUGUCACUUCCUGACGUGUGAGGCCCGCAGCGUGAUUGUAUGACUUGCAAUAAAGCUACCCAGCACUGAGUGGGAGUGAGCGCACAGU